UCUCUCUGUUCUGUGAAUAGGAGGAGGGAUGCUGGAUUCGGGAGAAGGUCCGCCAUUAUUGUGAAGCUGAAAAAAAAAAAAAAAAAAUAGACUUAUACACACCGUCACACAUUUCGCCUGUAAGGGGCUUAAGAUUAGAAAGGAGAAUACAACGGGUUCGGACGGUCUGUUGUUCGCUAAAAGUGUCGCUUUAGUAAACGAAGGCAGGGCUUUAAAUCGCGUUUCAUACGGACUCUUUAUUUUUGACACAACAAAGGAAAUAAUAAUUGGUGAAAACAACGUGGUGGUUGAACCAAGGAGGAGAAAACACAACGAAACAGCGCUUUUACAACGCCUCCCCCGUUUUUCUCCUCAUUUCCAACUGCGGUGAAAAAGACUGGAGUUCGAGCAGCAUUUCUUUUUUUUUUUUUUUUCCUGACGAGAAUUUAGUUUUUUUUUUUUUCUUCUUCUUCUCCUCCUCACUAAAGACAGGGAGAUAUAAGCAUCUCGGUUUUUUUUUUUUGUUGAAAACUUCAGUCUGAUGAAAACGAACACUUAAAUGCGGGGAAGCGAUGGACAGAUAGCUUGUUUUAUUUAAAUUUAUUAAAAAAAAAAAAAAAAAAAGAAAGGAAAAAAAAAAAAGGCGGAGAAUAAUCGAUGUGAGCGCUGGUAGGAAGUGUUUUAAUCUGCUUUUUAAAGUCUUUCACCCGGCUGGGAGUCGCAGAGGAGCGCAGAGAGAGAAAGAAAGAAAGAAAGAAAGAAAGUGGACACGAGAGGGAGGAAUGCUAUGGGCCAGAACCCAUCCCAGUGAGAUCUUCUUGCAUGGAAACCCUCUUUCCCUGGCAGUCUUUUCCUCUCCCUAGAGCUACUGGCCAGCAUGGCAGGAUGAGCCUCGGCCAGCGUUCAUGAUGGCCAAAAAGCAAGAUGUGCGGGCACCCACCUACAACCUGGUCGUGGUUGGUCUGUCCGGCACGGAGAAGGAGAAAGGCCAAUGUGGUGUGGGCAAGUCUUGCCUGUGUAACCGCUUUGUCCGGCCAAGUGCAGAUGACUUCCACCUAGAUCACACCUCCGUUCUCAGCACCAGUGACUUUGGAGGCCGUGUGGUGAACAAUGACCACUUCCUAUUUUGGGGAGAGGCUGGGCGAACGUUGGAGGAGGGGCCCGAAUGUCGUAUGAAUGUGGUGGAGCAGACAGAGUUCAUUGAUGAUCAGACGUUCCAGCCCCACCGAAGUACGGCGCUCCAGCCUUACAUCAAGAGGGCAGCUUCCACCAAGCUGGCUUCGGCUGAGAAGCUAAUGUACUUUUGCACAGAUCAGCUGGGGCUGGAGCAGGACUUUGAGCAGAAACAGAUGCCUGAAGGCAAGAUUAUGGUGGAUGGCUUCUUACUAUGUGUGGAUGUUAGCAGGGGUAUGAACCGUAGCUUUGAGGACCAGAUGAAGUUUGUUACCAAUCUGUACAACCAGCUUGCCAAAACGAAGAAACCUGUGGUACUGGUUCUCACCAAAUGUGAUGAAGGAGUUGAGCGCUAUAUUAAAGACUCGCACACCUUUGCCCUAGCCAAGAAGAACCUACAGGUGGUAGAAACGUCAGCACGAUCUAAUGUCAAUGUUGAACUUGCCUUUCUUACACUGAUUCAGCUACUGGACAAGGGUAGGGGAAAGCCCAAAAUCAUCCCUUACUUUGAGGCACUGAAACAGCAGAGUCAACAGAUUGCCUUAGCCAAAGACCGCUAUGAGUGGCUGGUCAACCGAAUCGUGAAGAACCACAAUGAGACAUGGCCCGCAGUCAGUCGCCGCAUGCAGUCUGCCCCUGAGUACAAGGACUAUGUUUUUCUUGAGGGGACAGCUAAAGCCAAGAAGCUUUUCCAGCAGCAUGUUCAUAGACUUAAACAAGAUCAUAUAGAGAAACGUAGGAGGGCCUAUCUCAGUACUCUACCACAGGCCCUGUCUGUACUGUUACCAGAGUUGGAUGAGAUAGACCACCUGAGCUGGUCUGGAGUUCAGAAAGUCCUGGAGACAAAGAGAGAUUUCUCCCAAUGGUUUGUGGUGCUAGAUGACACCCCUUGGGAGACCACGACACACAUUGAUAGCAUGGAGGAUGAUCGAAUCCCGCAGGACCUUCUGGAGACUCCCGCGGCUGAAGCUAUCUAUGAGACCCACCUGGAGCAGCUAAGGAAUGAGCGCAAGCGGGCUGAGAUGAGACGGGAGUUCAAGGAGAAGCUAAGUGUCUCUCCUUUCAUCACACCAGGGAAACCUUGGGAGGAGGCCCGAAGCUUCAUCAUGAAUGAAGACUUCUACCAGUGGCUGGAUGAGGCUGAAUAUCUGGAUAUCUACAACAAACACCAGAAGGAAAUUAUUGACCGAGCCAAAGAGGACUUUCAGGAACUGCUUCUUGAAUACUCUGAGCUCUUUUAUGAGCUGGAAGUUGAUGCAAAGCCAAGUAAGGAGAAAAUGGGAGCCAUUCAGGAGGUGUUGGGUGAAGAGCAAAGGUUUAAAGCCCUGCAGAAGUUGCAGGCAGAAAGGGAUGCUCUGGUAUUGAAACAUAUCCACUUUGUCUACCACCCUACAAAGGACACCUGUCCCAACAAUCCCCACUGUGUGGACAGUAAGAUAGAGCAGAUCCUGGCCUCAAGAUUCCCUACCCGCUACCCAUCAUCAGAAAGUUCAAGACUGGAUUUGGGGAGGGCCGAACGGAUAAAUCUGGUCAUCCUCGGGAAAGAUGGACUAGCUCGAGAGAUGGCAAAUGAGAUAAGGGCCAUGUGCACCAGUGAUGACCGGUACGUGUUAGAUGGCAAGAUGUACGAGUUAGCCCUGCGUCCAAUAGAGGGCAAUGUACGCCUGCCAGUCAAUUCAUUCCACACACCAACCUUUACACCUCAUGGUUGCCUGUGUUUGUACAACUCAAAGGAAUCCCUCUCUUAUGUUGUCGAGAGUUUAGAGAAGAUUAGGGAGUCAACUAUAAGCAGGAGGGAAAGGGAAAACAGCUUAACUCAACUCCCGCUGUCCCUCCUUCUGGUCACCAAGCGGGGGGUGGGGUCCAUCGGGGAUAUUGGAGGGGAGACAGCUCAGACUCUUAUCCAUCAAGGGCAGCAGGUGGCUGGAAAGCUGCAGUGUGCCUACCUAGACCCCGCCUCUCCAGGCAUGGGCUACGGUCGCAACGUAAACGAGAGGCAGAUCAACCAGAUGCUGAAGGGCCUCCUCGAAUCACGGAGAAGCAUAGGGAGCAGCUCCCCUCCCUUACCCCCUCCAUCCUCUGCCUUCAGAGACUCUCAGUCCCAGCCAGUGCUAGAGGCAGACCUGAGGAUAGUCAUGUGCCUAAUGUGUGGAGACACGUACGACAUUGACCAACUGCUUGCUCCUUUCCUGUUGCCCCAGCACUGUCGUCCUGCCGCCAACCUCAGCAGUGGCACCUCGGUGUUGCUGGAUCUUAGUAUAGGAGGUCAGAGGCUGAAUAUUGAGCUGUCGCUACUCUCCUUUCAUUCCUCGUUCUCACUCCGCAAGACAAAGCUGGUCCACGGCUACAUUGCAGUUUACUCUGCUCGCCGCAAGGCCUCUAUGGAGACAUUAUGUGCUUUCCUGUGUGAGGUCCAAGACAUCAUCCCAGUCCAGUUGCUAGCAGUUGGGGAGAGCCAGAUGGAGCUGUCAGACUCUGAGUCCGCUAAGGAGCAGGUCAGUCAAGGAGAGGAACUGGCCCAUGAAAUAGAGGCAAGGUUCAACACCGUAAUAUGUGGACAUGGUGGGGUAGUAGGGGGGCUUCAUAAGAUAGACCUUUUCCAAUCCUUUCUCAAAGAGGCAGCAGAGAAGCGCACUAUUGUUGAGGCCACACACAUGUACGAUAAUGUGGCUGAGGCAUGUACCAACGAGAGCAUCAGCCCUCGCUGUGGCUCUCCUAGUCCAGUUAAUAUUCUUAUGGACUCAGAGGACGAUAUCGAUCCAUCACCACCUUACCCUACCCUGAGGGAGGAUGGCAGCCUCAGUUCCCACCUGGGAAGCUUCAAGUUGCCAGAUCUGGAUUCAAGUGACACUUUCUCCGUCAUCUCUGAGCUUAGCACCUUUGAGAGCAAGCUGAACCACAAGGUUCCUCCACAAGUGAAGCCCAAGCCUGUCCGUAAGGUGAACCUCGGCCCUUACAUGGACCAGCAGGGUGGCACCAACCGCCGCUCCUUGCCCCAAGCUGUAACUUGGGCUCCAGGUAGCGAUGGUGGCUAUGACCCCUCAGAUUACGCAGAGCCCAUGGAUGCUGUGAGCAAACCUCGACCCACAGAGGAGGAGAAUAUUUACUCUGUCCCUCAUGACAGCACACAGGGCAAGAUUAUCACUAUCCGCAAUGCCAACAAAGGUCACUCCAACGGGAGUGCGGGGAAUGGGUCAGACAGUGAGGCUGAUAGCAGUUCACUGGAGCGAAGGAGAAAGUUGUCCGCCAUUGGGGUAAAGCCCAAGCUCUACAGAGACAGAUCAAAACGGCUUGGCAAGUUCAGUAGUUUUAGGACGAGCUUCUCUAUAGGCAGUGAUGAUGAGAUGGGGGGUCCACCCAAGGCUAGCCAGGAUGAGGUCGGAGCCCAAAAGGACAACUCCAUCGAGGAGAUUGAGGAUCCCAAAAGAAGAAAUAUCCUCAAGAGUCUGCGCAGAAAUGCAAAGAAACCACGACCCAAACCCAGGCAUUCCAUCUCGAAACCCAUCGAGAGCAACUACUUUGGUAUUCCACUGGCCUCUGUGGUCACUCCUGAGAGGCCAAUCCCAGUCUUCAUUGAGAAGUGCAUCCGUUUCAUUGAAACAACAGGGUUGAGCACAGAGGGCCUCUACAGGGUCAGCGGGAACAAGGCAGAGAUGGAGAGCAUGCAGCGGCAAUUUGACCAAGACCACAACCUCGACCUGGUGGAGAAAGACUUCACCAUGAACACAGUAGCCGGAGCCAUGAAGGCCUUCUUCUCUGAGCUACCUGAGCCUCUGGUGCCCUACAGCAUGCAGGGAGAGCUGGUGGAGGCCUUCAAGAUCAAUGAUAGGGAGCAGCGCUUCCAGACGAUGAAGGACAUUCUGCGCCGCUUCCCCAAAGAGAAUUACGAGGUCUUCAAAUAUGUCACCAGCCACUUGAGCAAGGUGAGCCAGAACAACAAGUUGAACCUCAUGACCAGUGAGAACCUGUCCAUCUGUUUCUGGCCCACACUGAUGAGACCAGACUUCACCACUAUGGACGCCCUGACAGCCACCCGUACCUACCAGACAAUCAUCGAGAGCUUCAUCCACCAGUGCGCAUACUUCUUCUACAAUCAGCCGCUGGCCGACGGCCUCCCGGGCUCCCCCACCUCUACGCUCUCCUCCGGGGGAGGAACCUCGGCCUACUCCUGCAUGGCUGGAGGCUACUCAUCCUCGCCGACUCCGUCCCCGACCCCCUAUGUCCUCCCAGCCACCCCUCCAGUCAUUCCACACUAUGGCCCUGCUAUCUCCCACCACCACCACCAACACCACCACCACCACCUCCACCACCUCCAUCAACAUCAGUCCCCACCCCACUCCCCACCUGCUACUCCCCAGUCCCCCAUCCCAGCCCUGCUGCCGCCCUCCCUACACCCCCUUCACCCCCCUACGGAACAACACACGCUGUGAACCAGGGAUCAAGGGAAAGAGGAGGAGAAAAAAAUGAAAAAUGAAAAAGACGGAUAACGAGAUUCAGAGAGAUUUAAUGGGUUUAGAUAAGAGAUUUUGAAGUUUGGGAAAGAAUUGAAGAAGAAAAAAUGUAAAAGAGAACCGGAGGUAGGAAAGACAAGUUGGGAGAGAUUGAGGGAGAUGCAGUAUGUACAGGGAGAAACCUACGAGUUUGGGAGAAGAAGGAGGCGUUUGAGCCUCUGUUAAUUUUAGAAAUAACGGACACAUGCACAAGGCAGAAAAGGGGAACACUGAAGAGCCUCUGAACUGGCAGUAUGAUCUUUCUACCCCCUCGCCACUUGAUCCCUUUGUCUCUCAGUGUCACUUCAUCCAGACCUGCCCUCCUUGCCUUAUAGAGAACCUGCACACAAACACACGAAUGAGUGCGAUGUUGCCAGUAACUGUUAAAGGGACUCAGGGAGGGACUCAGAAGUAAAGUGGAAAGGGGAAUGUGAACUCUGUUAUGUUGGGAUUGCUUCAGCACACACACACACUUGACAUAAACACCCAGUGGCCAGUGUGCCUCCGACAACCAUUCUCCUCAAUCCCUAAGCCUGUAGCUGUCCUGGGAAUUUUUUGUGGCCUGCGCACAUUUUUUAUUUUAUUUUUUUUUGCAAUCCGCCCACAUACUGUAUCUACCUGGGAGGCUGUGGUUGGGACAAGGCAUAGCAGAGCGAGCGAGUCCUUAACACAUGUUUGUUUAUUUCGCCACUGUACAGAGGACUUAGGCAAGAAACACAUGUUGCCACUCACCCGACAGGAUGUUCUGUCCUCUGCGACACACACAUUCCUAUCUAUCAACCACUCACACAGAUACGCACACGCACACAGACAAAAUCAGUUUCAGUUGAGGCAAUAUGCCAAGCAGAGGGGGAAAAAAAUCUCAACAGACCGGAUCUGCUAGGCAGCGAAUUGGAGCAAAGGAUUAUGGGGAACACUCACACACAUUUGCAUUCUGGGAAAUGCUCCUCCCAGUCUUCUGUUUGGUUUAUCUCUCUCUCUCUCUUGGUUUGAACCUUCAACCUCAUGCACUGUCUUUGACAACACAUGAAGAUAACUGUUUAAAAAGUGGAUGUAUUGAUUGGUCUAAAUCUUGAUUCUAUAUUCCCACUGUCCAAACACAUUCUUAUUUUGUCCUUCGUUUGACAAAAUGGUGAACAACCCAGGGGGGCCUGUCACUCAAUUCAUGGCCUUGUGUGUAAGUGUCUGUGUGAGUGUCUUUUUAGUUUUUACCUGAAUUUCCCUGUAUUAGGCAGAUAGUGGGAAUAAUUCCAGUGUCGGACCUUCACCUGUCAUGUCGCUUCUCUCACGCUGUGGUGGUUUUACGAGCGAGUCGGUGCUGCAUUUUCCACAGUGAGGACCUUGUUCAAAAAGCACUUUUCUGAGCACUUUGAAGGCACAUUCUAAAUUGGAGCUGCCAUGACAUGACAGCCACCGUUCACUUUACUGUCAGUCCACCCUGCUCGCUCUCUCUCUCUUUGUCUCUUUUUGGGAGCACACCACUGACAUCUAGAGGAAGAAAUGAGUACUGCAGCCAUAACCUCACUUCCACUACUGCAUGCACGCAGCACCAUUUUCCUUAUGUGGUUUGUGUAGCGUCAGAUUCUCUUGUAGGUGCAAUUGUUAUGAUUUUCCUGUAUGUCAGGUCAAAUUAACUUUAGAGCUCAUGAAGUGAAACAACGGCAGUUUUAAAUCUGAUACAAAUCAAUUGAGAUUAUAUAGAUCCAGGCUCUGCCCUUGCAGUUGAUUAGACAUGCAGUGAAUACAAUUUCCUCUGUCUUUUGUUGUUAGUUUCAACUUCAACAAAGCACUCAGCCCUUUGCAAAGGAGUGCAGGCCACUUCCCAGACGCCACAUGUGAGUGGUAGGAUAUGGAGACUUAGGAGAUUGAGGCAAAAUGUAGCAUUACGGCUCAGAAAGUAAGAGGUGGAGGUGUGGGAGGGGAGGCUUUUUAUUGUUCGAAAUACUCGGUAACCACUGUUCCAGGCCUCAGCAUGCUGUCCUCUUAGGACACAGCAUCGUACCUCUUGAAGGGAGAUUCAAACCUGCUCUCUGUGCACUCGAAACGUAAUUUGCAAGAGUGUAACCACUACACCAGUCUGCCCCCGCUGUCACUGUUAUGCCACCGCAUCCCCUAGUCAUUCCUAGUCCAAGAGAGACACUUGGGUCUGGGAGAGACAGCGGACAGAACAGACAGUCCAUUCAUCCGUCAUGACUGGAACAGAGCAUCACGGAAUUCCUCGGCCCAGCCUGCUGUUACCGUAGAAACCAGUGAGAUGGGGCUGGAGGAUGAUUACUGAGUCCUGAUCGAAGCUGAUGAAGUGUGUGUGUGCGCACGCAUAUGUGUUUCUGUGAGUUCGAGAAAGUGUGAACGCAUGUGAACUUGUGCGUGUUAAUGUUAAGCAGAUGCUCUCCAAGGUCACUUAUUCUGUUUGAUACUGAGUUGCAUCUCUGCAUGUCUCCCCAGACUGUCCUCUGCCCAAAAGGAGAAAAAACCCCAAAACUUUUUUAACCAAUCACUGAACUCUUAAAGGAGCUUUUAUAAGUCAACACUACCUAUUUACCGUGUGUGUGUGUGUGUGUGUGGGUGGGUGUAUGUGUGUAAUUAGGGGAUAGAGGAAUUAAGAGCGUGUGUUUUGUCGGGUGGGUUUGAGCGAACAUGCUAGCAAGCUGUGCUUGGCAGACGGCCAGACACCCGCGUGAUCAAAAUAAACGUGAAGGAGAGGAAUGCAGUUCUCCUUGCGGUCAUUACCCCGCUGUGUAACCCUGUUAGCUCGUCCAGAUUACACACACUGAUCCUCAGAGAAAGUGUGAGAGAGAUGGAGGAGGGAUUGGGGAGAGUCAGAGGGAGGAAAGACAGGCAGCAAACGGGUGAAUGGGAUCAUUAUUUGGGAGACGGAGGGAGGGAGGGAGGAAGGAGGGGUGACCACUGGUACUUGUGUGUGAACGCCGGCCAGUGGCGUUCCCUGUGUAUAUCAAUGUGUUAAUACUGAACUGACUGUGAGGCAGCCAAAGACUGUGGAAAAAAAGGGUCGAGGGACAGAUAGGAAGCAAAGUGACAGUUUAGAAGAACAAUUGAAUAAAAAAUGUGACUUUGGUUCAGCGAUAUGUGGCUGCAUUGCUUUUCUUUUUCUUUUCUUUUUUUUUUUGCAACAAUGGUGACAGAUGUCUGUUAAGUUAAAAUGAGAAACAAGCAAAACUAUAUUCAAAUGGUUGUUUAUUGGUAUGUUAGGGGGUCUAACACUUUGCCCUUUAGUCAGUGGUGAUAGAAAAAAAUACUUUCUUUUUAUGUUUUAUUUUAAUAAUUAAAAAAUACAAAGCAUUUUUUUUAACAAUUUCUUUGUGAACGAUUGAGAGAGCAGCCCAGUAUAGUGCAUGAUUUCUUCCCAACCGAGGAAGAGGGCUCCACCACUCUCACUAUUUAAGAGAUGAUAAAAAAAAUAUUAAGAAAUAAUGGGGGGGGGCGGGAGAAAAUAAUAAAAAAAUAAAUGAAGUACUGUAAAGUGAAAAGAUAACAUCAAACAAAAAAACUGUCAUUAUUUGCUGAGUAUGGUAAUUUGUCUCAAUGGGAAUGGUGUAUACAGCAAGGCCUUAUGUGAUCUGUAUCAUAGUUAAUAAAUCAA